UAAAUGGAACAGAUGGAAUAUCUGAACGGCCGAGAAACAACGGAUCCUGAAUUAUAUAUGGUCGUUUGAGGCCGGUUUGCAAAAGAUUGCGUGAAGCGUUAACAAUCUGCAGAUUUCAAGAGAAAUAGACUGCACAAACGUGGAGAGGCAGCAACGGUACUGACCGAACAGUGAGGAACCCAAGAUAUCCGUAAAAAGAAAGUUAAAGCCGCUGGACAGAAAGAUUACCGGGGAUAAAAAAGCCCACGUGUCACUGAUACAUGCAGCUUCGCAAAACAAUUUAGGACAAGUCUGACUUCAACAACUGGAUCCUCGGUGAAAACGCUGCAAACUGUGAUUUUAAUUGCAAUCAUUCCCAAUAUUAAAUUUGCAGGAUAAGAUAACAUGGCUUCUAGGGACUUAAAAAUUGCUGCAGCAGUGGUGUUUUGUUUUGCAGUGUACACUCUAUUUUGGACCAACCUAAAAGAUUGCAAGUUCUCUCGAGUUCCACAGCUGACUAAUCUUCUAGAUGCAAGACAGUACGACAGUGUCAAAAUUUUCUUACUUUUUAUUGGUUACAACAGAAGUAGACACACCCUGUUAGCUUCUCUGUUAGAUGCUCAUCCAAACAUUAUCGUUGCCAACGACUACAACAUCUUGGGCGAAUGGAUAAAAAACCCUCUGUUGUCUCAGAGAUCAAAAUAUUACAUGUACGAGCUACUUUAUGCAAAAUCUCGUUAUGACGUCAUGUUUGGAGUGCGCUCGCGAUUGGUGGGUGACAGACCAAAACAAUAUCACUAUAACAUCAAGGACCAAUGGCAAGGCAGAUACAAACAUAGCUUACAGGUUAUUGGUGAUAAGAAAGCUGCUCGAGCAUCCAAAAUUGCGCGAGGACCCGAGGGAAUAAAGGCGUUGAGAGACCUCGAGAAAAAACUCGGUGUACAACUAAAGUUCAUUCACGUUGUGAGAAAUCCAUUUGAUAACAUCGCAACUAUGACUCUACGAAGAGCACAAGAGAGAAAAAAGGGACAAGUUAACCUUAAGGUGAACCUCUCAAAUAUACUUGAUGAAAGUAUAAAAAGUUACGGUGAACUCGCUCGAGGAAGUCUUGAAGUCAAGAAAAACUUUCCAGGCCGCGUACUUGACGUAGCAGGCAUUGAUGUGAUGACGUACACUACAGAAAAUUUACGGAAUAUUUGCAACUUCUUAGAAAUCACGUGCACAGAGAAGUACCUGCAAGACUGCGCUGCCAUUGUCGACCCAGUCCCCUCCACCACGCGAAAAAAUGUCGAGUGGAACACUGACCAAAUAAACCGAGUUCGGAGAUUGAUUUCACAAUAUUCAUUCCUUAGACGAUAUUCAUUUAACGAUUGAAUGACACCGAGAACCACUGUACAAAUUGGAUAUGUUUAUGGAUAGAAAUAGAAUAAUUAAAAAAUGUUAGGUAAUAAGCGGGCUAUAAAGGGAAGCAACCUGACCAAAACGUCUCUUAUCUUUUGACUUCUGUAGUGUAAAAUAUACUUAAUGUAAUUAUAUGAUUAAAAUUUUACAACUCCAAUGACACUUACAUACAUAUGCACGCAACCGUUUCAUAUUGUCCUUCAGUUGCAUUUUGAAAUGAUAUAAUGGUUUCUGGUUCGCCUUAAGCGGCUGCAAUAUGACUGUUACGCUAGCUCUUGCCCUCACUCGAAUCCAUUGUAUCAUAUAUGCGCGCAGACUAAAAAAUUAGAACUAAGCGCAAGCAAAAUAGUUUUAGUUAUUGCAAACCUUAAAAAAACUAGCAAUAAAAUACUGAAAUUUAUCUGCAUAUCGAGCAAUGAUGCAGAAAAAACUAAUUAAUCUAGAUCAGUGAAUGCUACUUGCACAACAGUCGAAUUAAUAUAAUAUUUGUAAUUAUUUAAAACGUUAAAAAAUUAAAAAACGUGUAAAGUGAAAAGCGUAACUCAGAAUCAGACACAUUUACCUAACUGCAAUAACAACUUGUUGUGUUAAGGAAUAACUUCCGUUCAGCUGACUUGAUAGUCUCUUGAAUGAAUAAUGAGAUCUGAAUGUGUAAGGAUGCUGGAUAAAGGACUUUGAAUUAUGAUAAUCGGUUGAGAUUAUAUCUUUUGAAACAGAAUAAAGCUUAGAAUGGGAAAGUAUUUUAAGUAAGUACAGGUAUAAGUAAAUAGGAUCAUGAUACAUAUGUCCAGCCAAUGAAUUCCCGAGUUCAGCUUUUCAUGACUUUUUUGGCAUCAUUUGUAUCAAUAAAACUAAUUCAAUGGUGUCAAUACGGGUGAUAUGGCCUUUCAUUAAGACAUCACUCAGUGUUAGCACGGUUCUUUAUAGAGGGGGAGGGGAUGCUGAGUGACUAUGACUGUGUAAUAUGGAAGGUUUAAAUGAGUCAACGGCGGUCGAUUAGUUUGAUCUUA